CGAACCGCAUCGACAGAUACUUACCGGCCAUAAGACAUCAUGGAUUUUAAGAGUCUCCUCUCCGCUCAGAUAAACAAGGCGAAAGCCUCCGCAUCAGCCGACUCCGAGAAGAAAUAUGUCAAGCGCUCGGAACUAGAAGCACAGCGACAAGCCGCGUAUCUUGCUGAAAAGGAGGCAGCGGAGAAGGCGCGUCUAGAGCGCCUUGAAAAGAAGCGGAAAGCCGAAGAAGAGGAGGCUGAACGGGAAGCUCAGAGGAGGGAGAAGCGACGGCGUCUUGCAGAAGAGUCGAGGAAGCGGCGCGAAGAGGAGGAACUGGAGGAAGAGAGACAGCGUAGGAAGAGGUUGGGGCUUCCUGACUUACCGCCGAAGAGCGCAGAAGGUAGCCAGGAUGGUACCCCUGUGCCAGAAGAGGAGGAUAUCCCGGAAGCGGAGCUGGUCCAGAAGUUGAGGGCAUUGCAAGAGCCGGCGCAACUCUUUGGCGAAACACAUAAGCAAAAGUUGAAGCGAUAUAAGAGGCGCAUUGGCCAGGAUAAUCUCGCAGCGAUUACUACAGAUGGCCCGAUUCCCACUACACUGCAGCUUGUUCCGGAGAAGGAUAUGAAAGUCUCACUCAAGGUGCCGAAAGACAAGGAAGGCAGGGAAUUCUUAUUCCGACAGCUGGCCAGCUACUUCACGAUGGUGCUGAAGGAAUGGGAGGGUACAUUGGCUCGACGCUCCGGCGACAUCAAAAACAGCUAUCAGGGCAAACAAGCUUAUGCCGCAAUGGUCCAGGCACGCGAGAAUAUGCGACCACUCUUCAAGAAGAUGGAAAAGGGAGACCUGGAGUCCAGCAUACUCGAGCCUGUCGUUGAGAUCGUACAUGCGGCACAAGAACGCCGCUACGUAGAUGCCAAUGAUGGGUAUCUCCGUCUCAGUAUCGGGAAAGCAGCGUGGCCCAUCGGAGUUACUAUGGAGUCUUAUUUCACGUACCAUCCCGAAGAAGAAUCCCCAGUGAAUCAUGAUAUACUUUUUAGACCCGGCAUCGCACCUGAUGGGUCGGACACGUUCACGCCGAGGGCCGUGAUAUACGACUUGAAGGGUGCUUUUGGCACUAUGAGAAAGCUGAAUGCGUUGUAUGAGACGGAAGCUGAUGUGGCGCCGACUGAAUCCGACGUGUGGCCUUCAAAACCGAUAGUUCAGCGAACAGAGCCUAUCCCAGCUUCAUCAUAUCAGAGCGCGCUUGACGCUGGCCUAUCACCUCCUCGGCUUUCCACCUCUUCUGUUCGCUAUUGGUCUGAUUAUUCUCACAUAUACUACCAUCCAAAAUCUCUAAUCCAACUUUCCGAAUUUCAAGUGAAUGAUUCCUUGAUGCCAUUCGAAAACUGGGACGUCGGCAUGGACCUGUUUGAGAAGCUUGAAAGGGAAGUCGACCUCGUUGAUCGUGAUCUGAGGCCCUUUGUUGAAGAGUGCGACGGCAUUCAGGGCCUUCAGAUCAUCACGGGGGUGGAUGAUGCGUGGGGUGGAUUCGCUAGUGGGUGGUUAGAGAGGCUACGGGACGAAUACGGCAAAUUGAGUAUUUGGACCUGGGGAGUUGGGGACCAGGGCGGAAACACAGCCAUACCGAGAGAAAAGCGGUUGCAGCAAACAGUGAAUGCUGCACGGUCGCUCAAUGUUCUCGCGGAGCAGUCGUCUCUCUUCAUCCCCUUGUCAAAUCGCCCCAAGAAGAUGCCUUCCUAUCUCCAAAUGGAAGCGUCUCCAUGGCACAUCGGAGCCUUGCAUUGUGUCGCUCUGGAGACUUUGACCAUGCCUUCUCGUCUGCGCACUUCGCACCAAGGUCACGGUACCUUGGCUGACCUGGAACAAAUCGUUAACCUCACGGGGAAGAGACCGAUUGGGAAAAUCGAAAUGAGUAUAGCAGACCCUGAUGUGCUUACCAACAAAGCAUCUCCGGACGUAAUGGAAGUGGAAAAGGUUACCUCUAGAGUAGCGACUCCACGUGGCGAAGAGGUGGGGAAUGAGAACGGAUUGGACGAGUUCGAUAUCGACGUCUUCACGAAGGACUAUCGCACGGCCGGCGCUCCCAAGCGGAGAAGGGAUCAUAUCUUUGGCCGCGUGGGUAUCUCACGCGGAGACUGGAGCAAAUCCCCAAAUGACGAAUAUGGAGCACGCGAUAGAUUCAAUGAUGGCCCACUAGUAGAAAGGCAUGUUCACGAUUUGACCCACAGAUAUAACACCCCUCUCCUCUUCCCUCAACUUACGAGCUUUCCCUCCAUCUUCGAUGUUGGAAAGCCACGUGGAAGCAAAUUAGCCGUGAACACUGGCUUGACGACGAGCACGGCGGUUGCCGACCAGAUACGGACGCUCGAACAUAUUGCUCGACGCACUCUGCACCUCGAAGACCGGGAAACACUAUCCAACAGCCUCCAGAGCCUCGCGGAGGAGUAUGACGAAGGUUGGGAAAGUAGUGACAGCGACAUGGGCGAGUAAGCUGAGUCCUGGCUUCCAACGCCUGUUUGUUCUCAACCAAGUCCCCAACGCAGCCUGGAUCCAAUCUUUCCGCCAAAUGGAGGCAUUAAAUUACCCCGCACAGAACUACUGUUGCCAGUGUUGUGUCUUGUCGUGAUAAAUGUCUCACGCGUCGAUUGGACCUUGAAUAUACUGGUCGUAGUAGUUAAAGAAACUCUGCUUCUAACUGCUCGGAUCUACGCUUGGUAUAUGCCCGACUUCGUUUCACCACGACAAAUGUUUGUUUCGAGGAUGCCGCGAAGAGAAAGCGAAAAGGCGGCCAAUGACGGGAGCCUUUAUCAGCCAGAUUAGAACCACUGUGGAGGACUCGCAAAGUGCUACUAGAAAUCAAUUGACGGAUCUUGCGGAUUAAGCAUCUGCAUCCCUCCAGCUUCGUUGCUG